AUGGAUACCCAGGGAGAAAACGGCUCGGAACCGAACCUGGCCAAGGACUCGAGAAGACAGCAAGUGAAAGGUAAGGGCGUGAGAAGCUCCGUAGUCACUGAACAGCGAAUACCCUCUGUGGGGAUAGGCUCAGACGCCUCUCAGGAUCUUCAAUGGGAUGACAAGAAUGACCCCUGCAAAGAUUCACCAUCGCCUCCAGAGAAGGUCAUUGCUGGGAUCCUGGGAGUCAUUUGCCUCAUCUUGAUGUACAGCAUAGUAAGAGUGAUACAUUUUAUGCCUGGUACUGUAAUACUGGAGAAGACCAAUUCAUCCCCCAAAACAAGGAUCCAGAAAGCACAUAAUUGUCGUCGUUGUCCACUGGAGUGGUUUACAUAUUCCAACAAUUGCUAUAACAUUGGUACUGAAGAUAAAACAUGGCGUGAGAGUCUGAUGGCCUGUGCUUCCAAGAACUCUAGCUUGCUUCAUAUAGAUGAUGAAGAAGAAAGGAAAUUUCUGAGUCCCAUGUCACCUCCAUCAUGGGUUGGAGCUUUUCGUAACAGCAGUGAUCAUCCUGGGAUGUGGAUAAAUGGUUCAACUUUCAAACUGAAGAUAGCAGAAUUAUCAACUGGUAAAGGUGACUGUGCUCUGCUAAACCCAUAUGGCUCCACAUCAUGGAAUUGGGGAUCUUCAAAAAUAUAUAGCUGCAAGCAUAAGCUUUAG